GCCCAAAGAAAUUGGCUUUGUUAACUUGACAAAUCAAUCUCCGCAAUUACCGUUGAGCUUCGCACUACCUUGUUUAGCAGAAAAAGCCCAGAUAUUUCUUUCUGUUAUUAUCAUCCAAAAAUACAAAAACAAAAACUUCGAUUUCAUCUCUACACUUCUUUUAAAAGAGAUCUCAAGGCGUCAAAACCUAGAAUCCGCUCAUCAUCUUCUUCUUUUUUUUUUUUUUUAUUUACAAUUCCAAUCUCUCUCUUAUCUUUGUUUACAUUUAUUUUCUUCUCUUUGCUGUCUCAAAGGAAAAGAUAUGUCUUCUCCCAGAAAAACAAUGCAUGAUCCUUUCAAAUUCUGGAAAUUCCUGGUUUUUCCGACAGUUAAAGCCGCUGAUAUCUUCUCUUUAUUCGUUAAAGCAACUCUUCUUGUGGGCACUGUUGUUUCAAUCUCUCUCCUUUUUUACUCUGCUUUUUCUAAUCAAUCCCAGUGGUUUUCUUGUCCUCAAUGCGAUCGAGUUUUACUAUACGGUCACCGGAAGUUAUUCAAGAGUAAUAACGCUUCUGGCGAUAACUAUCAAGAAACAAAUGUAUCCCAUAUUUUAUUUGGCAUUGGUGGGUCUGCAAAGACAUGGAAUCAGCGGCGGCACUACUGUGAGCUAUGGUGGAGGCCUGAAAUUACUCGAGGUUAUGUUUGGCUUGACGAGAAACCUCCAGAGACAGAAGAGUGGCCGAAAACCUCCCCUCCUUAUAAAGUCUCGGAGGAUACAUCGAUGUUCAAGUACAACUGCUCGUAUGGUUCUCGCUCUGCUCUGCAUAUUGCACGGAUUGUUAAAGAAAGCUUUGAGCUGGGAUUUGAUAACGUGAGGUGGUUUGUGAUGGGAGAUGAUGAUACAGUAUUUUUUGUAGAGAAUCUAGUGAUGAUAUUAGCAAAAUACGAUCAUAAUCAGAUGUAUUAUAUCGGAGGCAAUUCGGAGAGUGUUGAGCAAGACGUGAUACACUCGUAUACAAUGGCUUAUGGGGGUGGUGGAUUUGCUAUUAGUUAUCCUCUAGCCAAGGAGCUCGUCAGAGUUUUGGAUGGCUGCGUUGAUCGAUACUCAUUUUUUUACGGCUCCGAUCAGAGAGUUCAGGCUUGCAUGAGCGAGAUUGGUGUUUCUCUCACCAAAGAGCUUGGUUUCCACCAGGUUGAUAUAAGAGGAAACCCAUAUGGUUUACUAGCCUCACACCCACUAGCGCCAUUGGUCUCUCUCCACCACCUAGACUAUGUACAAUCAAUAUUUCCAGAUAUGACUCAGAUUGACUCGCUCAAUAAGCUCAUCAAACCUUACGGAAUGGAUCCGGGUCGGACUCUACAGCACAGUUUCUGUUACGAUUGGAACCGUAGUAGAUCGGUGUCAGUCUCUUGGGGCUACACCAUACAGUUAUAUCCAUACUUGGCAACGGCUAAGCAACUUGAGACUGCGUUUCAAACGUUUCAAACAUGGCGGAGUUGGAGCAAUGGUCCAUUUACGUUCAACACUCAACCCAUGAGUCAUGACCCGUGUGAGAGACCCGUUGUAUAUUUCUUGGAUCGGGUUGAGAGUGUUGGGCAGGGUCAGACCUUGACCACGUACAGAAGACACGUGGAGAAAGGAAAUGAAGGUUGUGACCGACCGGACUAUGCUUCUAUUCAGGCAGUUCAGUUUGUCAAUGUGACAAGUUCCACUUUGAAGCCUGACAUUUGGAAUAUGGCACCACGUAGGCAGUGCUGCGAGAUAAUCAACAGCAAAAUGGAGGAGGUGGUAGGAGUCAAGAUUAGAGGUUGCCAUCAAUUUGAAAGCGUCACUCCUCCGUAGAAAAUUUUACGCGGAAUCAUCCCAAGCUGCUGGAGCUGUACACUCCGUCUCUUCAAGCUAAUUAAUAAUUCUGCUUCAGUUGUUGAAUGCCAAUUGGCCAACUACUGCGGCCUACUUACGGACUCGUCACCAAGGAUUUGUUCUUCUUCCUGUACAUAUUUAGUUUCCUUUUUGUACUUUACUGCCGCGUCUCCUACGCAAAACAGGUUGAUUUUGUUUUUUUGAAAGUCUUUGUGAUUUCUUUCUUGAGCUGACAAUACAAAGAAAAAAAAAAAAAAAUCUUUUUCUUAUUUCAA